AUGACAAGUGACCACAAGGCCAUCAUUGUCGCGCGCAGUGCCAGCCUGGAGGCGCGCGUCGACCGGCGCACGCGCGAGAAGCUGGCGCAAUGGCUCGUAUGCUUUGGCACGGUGCAGUUCGAUGUCGACCAGGGCCCGACGCUCAACCUGCUGUACCCGCACGUGCAAUUCAGCGAGAGCGAGCGCGCGGCCAUCUGCUUCUCCUCGAUGCCCGACUCGACGAUCCACGAGCUAUACGACUCAGUGUACACGUUCCACUUCCGCGUCAACCCUGUGCGGCUCAGACUGCCGAAGGACCGCAUCUUUCUGUACGGGCACGUGUUUUUCCGGCAGAAGCGUGACCCGUUGAUGCGGCGCGGCGGGUUCCAGCGGUCGGUCGUCGUGAUCUCGCACUUGCCAUACCACGGUUUGUUCUCGCGCAUGGCACACAUGCUGGGGCCGCUGUACUUUGACCUGGGCACGGCGAUCCUCGAGGCCGCGGCGCAGAAUGUCUCGUCGUGGCCGGCUCCCCGUGCAGACGGCGCCUACGAGCUGCCCUUUCUAGGCACGGCGCUGACGGUCGAGCUACCGGCGCGCGAUGCCAGCCAGCUGCUGGAGACCAGCAAGUUCCCACUUGAGCGCUUCGACCCUGGCGAGCAUAUCUUGGCGGGCGUGACGUUUGAUGGGCUGUUCCGCAGCUUCCGCGACGCCCUCGACGACCUGUGGGCGUGUUGGGAGCUGAUGAUCCUGGGCGAGUCGCUGGUAGUGCUGGCCGACACGCCGUCGCGGUGCUCCGAGGCCGUCGUCAGCCUGGUCGACAUCAUAUUUCCGAUUACUUACUGCGGCGACUACCGCCCAUAUUUUACCAUCCAGGACCCGGACUUCCGCGCUGUCGUAUCCAAGACGCACGUGCCGCCGAACACGGUCGUCGGCGUUAAUGCGGCCACGGGCGGCGGCUCAAGCGGCGCAGCCGGCAACGGCGCGGUGGGCAGCAAGGGGAUCAAGCAGGGUCUGCAGUCCAAGCACAAGUGUGCGAUCAGCAAGGACCGUGUGUUCACCGAGCAGCUGCUCAAUGCGCUCAAGACGGGAAAGCAGCCGCCAUGGAUGGUCAACAACAUGCUGCGGCGCUACUUUAUGGAUCUGACGGUGCAGUUUCUGGCCCCGCUCAACCGCUAUUUCUCCACGCUCAUUCCACAGCUGUCCUGGUUUGUGCCACCUGGAAAUCUGCGGCCUUGGCGCACGGACGACUUUAUGGCGUCGCUGGCGUCCUUCGGCAUAUCGCCACAGCUCAACAGCCGCCAUAACACAGCGACAGCCGCAGACAUCAGCGACGAGUGGCUGAAUCUUUAUACCCAGUUUCUCAAGUGC